CAUUUAUUGGUCCAUUGUAAAUUAUAGGAAAUGAUAUCAGUUUCGUAUUUGAUAUCACAAAUAUGGCCAGAUAUUCUUUUGAAUUUUCUACUGUUGCGUUAUUAAUUCAGGUGAGUGCAUUCGUUUGUCCUCAGGGUAUAAUGGAUGGAUACAAGCUGGUGUGCCUAUUCGUCUUCUCGGUGGUUGCCUUCCGCACAUGUCAGCCCACCUUUGACGGUUUACAUGACAUGACGGCACACUCACGCAGGAAACGUUACCUCGUGUUCCCAGACGGCAGCACGUUCUCGAUCGCUUUCUGCAAUCAGUGGUUCGUGUUAAAUAACAAUAACAUCUUCUCCGAAGCACUCAAUUUUGCCGUCUCUUACGAGCUGCCGAAUGAAACCAUCAGGAACCCUGACACCAACAGCCUCGUGGUGCCGUAUAUUCUACGGAGACAGCGACGAGAACUGUAUCGGCGGCUGGAGGUGGCAAUGAACUCGGCAGGGCUAGACGGCCGCAUUUGCAUCAAAAGAGCUUUGUGUGAAGCUGCUCAAAGACUGAAGAAGUCUAAGGAAAGCAUCAGCGAAGAAUUUCUGCGGAUUGUGUUCUUAUUUCCUCUGGACGAGGUUGACAUCUACGAGCCAAUAGAACACCACAUUUAUGACGCAGCAUACCGACGCGGGUUGUCUAAUCGCGACUGUCCAGAACUGUACUCGACUUGCCCCUUCUCACUAAUCGACGUAUUUCUGGGUGGACCCACAUACGAAUAAUUAAGGUCUUCUAAAUAAUAAUGUUUGAGACAUGAUGAGAAAAUAUUUCAAUUUACACGAAAGACGAACCUUUUAACAAUUGAAGAAUACAACUGAUACCAAAAUAAAAUGCACUUCUACGACUAGAAAUAAUGACUUAAAGCAACUACAUGUGUAUUUCAACGUCAGACAAUAAUGAUGAGCACAAUAUAUUGAUUCAUUAUUAAUAUCACUUCUACCAGUUCAAAUACAUUGCUGCUCAAAAUGUAUUUAAACUGGAAAAAUAACAUAAUACAUAGUCAGAUUUCGUGCAAUUUGGUUAUGAAACUGUUGUAUAUAUAAUAAAAGAAAUAUUACACAGGCUUAUAAUAAAAAUAUUAACUACUCUACAUUAAUGACACGUUUACAUGAACACUGUUCUGUUUGGAAACUGAAGUAUAUUACACUUUAAUGGAAUUAACAAAAAUUAAAUUAUACACAGACUAUUGACUUGUAUUAAUGUUUAGAAACACCAA